CUGCCAUGCGAGGAGUGAUCGAUUAGUGGAAAAACGUUGAUGAUCUCAUCUACAAAUUAGCCCUAAAAGCCUGCGAUUGUUGAUGUUUGCGAAGUACUCUUGUGGACGACAUUGUCGGAUAUUUAAACAAAGCAUCCAAUUAGAACGUGGCAAUCCAUUUAAAUGUCACCUGGAAUCCACCCGAUCAUCACACUUUGUGAGGAUUUGCACAGGUGCACUACCAGUGCAGAAUCUGUGCGCCAUGAAUCGUGUGAGUGGGUGAGUCUUGUCCAUCGUGAGAUACACGUGCUGACUUGAUCAAGAACGGCAAGGUUUCAUUUCAUGUAAAGCUAAUUUUUCGUGUGCCAUUUCUCGUUCGUGGCACUAGUUUUCCUUCAGUGUGCUGCAUGAGGCUUCUUUUAGUCCAAGUAAAGUGAACGGUGUGGACGUUGCAAAAAUCGAGGAUAUACAUACAUCAUACCAAUGAAGUGAAUACGAGGUUUAUUAAAACAAGAUUGUGGCUAGCCAUGAUGUAAAGAAAGCCAAUAGAAAUGAAAAACAGAAAUUAAACUUGAUUUCAAAGACAUCUGUCUCAGAAUUAUUAUUAUUUACGACAGACAAAGGACCUGAUCUAUCAUGGCCAACUUCGUUAGGAAGUCGUUAGAGAAAAGUACAUUGGUGGAAACAGUUUUCAUGCCAAUUCAGUUUUUCUUCGCAGUCACAGGUUUUCCUUUUUUUGUCUUAUGCUGUCAUACAUCUUUCGAAAUGGAUGGUUUGCCAAUAUUCCUAAAGAAUGUUGACUCAAAGUCGAAAUUCAAUGCGUCGGAACAAAGACUCACUAGCAACUGCAAGAGUUGCAAGAGAAAGGUGUUUGUCAGCAACCUCAUUGGUGCGGCCAUCGGUUUCUUACUGAUCAUAAACGCUGUACGAUAUGCCUUUGUCUUUGUAGACAUUAGCGACUCCCCGAGCAUGCUGGUAACUGCCGUCACCUUCCAACAUUUUUUCGCGUGCACUUCCGCCAUGUAUAUUUUAACGCGGUGGGACCUGUCCCGCCAUUUUGUGAAGCUGGUCAAACACUUUCAAGCUUUUGAGGCAACCUACGGAAUGACCAUCGACUAUGGCAAGGUCAGAAAGCUCAUAGUGUUCCGCUCCUGCAUGUUCCUCGUCUUUCAGUUUUUCUUUACGUUCGGCUUCAUUGCGUCCAUGCUAACGAUCUUUCCGUCCUUGAAAGUUCACUUGAGUCCACUUGACAAGAUCGACGGUGUAGGAUUCUACACUAUGUUCAUCCUACACUCGCUUUUGAUGUAUAUCCAGGGUUCUUUCUUGUUUUGCCAACAAGUUUUCUUAGGGUGUAUUACAUACAUUUUGUGUCAGGAAUUUAUAGAAGUAAAACAAAAUUUCAGAGAUCUGCUCUCUUGUUAUCGAGGACCAUCCGACAAAGAAACAAGAGAGCCCGCCAUUCCGGUUAUCACAAUAAAAGUAGAAGAGUCGGCUUCCAAGGACUGGAUCACAGAUGUAGAAGACCUUACAGUAGAUUCUGUGCAAGGACCAAGAGCACAGACAAAGAAUGGGAACGAACGCAAGUCCACGACACAUCCGCCCUCUUCCUCUGAUAAUCUCGAUGACGGCGAUCCACUGCAGAUGAAAGAUAACAGCAAUUCUCUUGCUAGUAGAGCAAAUGUUCAGGUGCUCGAAACUGAUGCUGCUUCCACUGGGACUCCAGAUUUUGAGAAAAUGGAGAAAAUGUUUAACGAAGCCUUAUUUAAGCACAUGGCACUCUGUCGAAUUGUCAAGGUCGCUAAUGUAUGCCUGCGCCAUAUCGUGGGCUUCUCGCUCCUGGUUACACUUCCAAUCAUUUGCCUCACCCUCUACACUUUCAUCAACCGGGGCCUUGACCUGGGAAAUAUGCUGUUCAAUAUCAGCAACUUCCUAUCCGGGAUUAUUUUCGAAGUGAUCGGCUUGGGGCUUGGGCUUGUGAUUAACGAAAGCGCGCAUGCACCAGCAGCGGUCAUUUAUUCUGCGGACUGGUCCAGACUGCCCGACAGGCUGCUGCUCAAGAUGCAGAUGUUCUGCAAUAGGCUAGGGCAGAACAAAAUUGGGUACGAUGUCUAUGGUCUCUUUGUGAUUGAGAGGUCCACAAUACUGAUGAUGAUCGGCACACUGGUGACGUACGCUGUCGUUGUCAUUCAGUUCCAGCAAAGUGCGGGUUGCGGCAGCGGCGGUGGUGGUGCUGCAGUCAAUUCCAGUGAUUCCUGAAGACUGCGGCACAUUUCAUUUUGCCUCUUUUUUUUUUUUUUGCCUUACAUUUCAAAACUUUCUCAAACUCUUCUGCAUGGCUAAGAUGAAAAAUAGAAUUCUGCGAGUUGUGACUUCAAAAACGGAUGACAUUCAAGAGACGGAGUGAGAGCAUGGCCUUGAGCUGUUUCAGAGACAACAACAGAUCGUCUCCGGUUGUUGACACGAACAUCUCCUAUUUGCCUAUGCGAAGAUUCGUAAAACUGCCUAGACCAGUCAGGUUCUGUAAUCAAAUUAACUUAUCAAAAAGGAGAUGUGAUGCCCCCCACCCCUUCCACCUUGCUCUGGAUUUGUUCAAUACGCACAUGGACACUGUUUAGCAAAUGUGAAAUGUUUCUCUUGUGACUGUUAGACAGCAAAAUAGGUCACGUGGUCUUUGCGUUAACUGUGUUACGAACGACUAAGAUGUUUACAUUCUGUAAUUUUAAAUUUCAUAUCUCUCAACAUGUCUACGUUACCUCACACCAUAUUUUGAAUGCAUGGUUUGUGUUUGUGGUGUAAGUAAAUUAUUGAGCAGGCACUACUGUGGGAUUUUAUAUGCAAUUAUUUAAUUAUAUUCGCUAUAUCAAUUAAUGUAUUUAUUUAUAAUAAUUCAUAAUAAGAUGUGGCCUCCUCCGUUUCGCGUUUCAUUUCUUAAUAAUUAAUAAUGAACCUGAUGAGCGUUGAGAUGCCUCUCUUCGUAAGUUUCAUUAACUAGUUUAUUUAUUAUUAUUCGCUCUUAUUUUGGGGUCUUCUUUGCGCAUACUCGACAUCCAGCUUCGUAUCUCCUUUUGAUCUGUGCUUCUAUUACGCCGCUUGUUUUUUUCUGGAUUGUUCUUUUUGUGCCUGCGCCAUUUGUUUUUAUCCAGUCUAGUUGUGCCGUGGUCGAAUUGACUAAUGGUCGAAGCGGAAAAUGGUCGAAUCGACAAACAUCCGAAUUUUCUGGACUGUUGACGCAACUGCUAUGUCCCUCAUCACUGAGAGGGCCGGAAAUAACAGGCAUGGGCUCUCGCAGCUUCACAUUCUGUCGCCGUUAGAACAUGCAUUCCCACUUAGAAUGUUGAUUUCGUGCGCUCUGUGAUUGCUUCAUAUUUGGUACUGGCUUCAUCCACAACCUCAAACGGACCUUUUUCACUCUGUCUGCCACUCCAUUUUGAUCGCUGAACUGCCCCGACAUGUUUCCUGUGCAUGUUUGCUUGCCUCGUGUUGAUGGCUGUUGAUGUGUCUUUAUUGGUUUGUGUGCUGAGAUAUUUCUGUCUCUGCUUUAUUCAUUUUGUGUCUGUAUUUCUUUUGUUUUUGCUUUCCUUUUGUAAAUGUAGUUGAGGGAAAUGCGCUAUGUUAAUUCCCUCGUUGUUGUUGUUGUUGUUGUUGUUGUUGUUGUUGUUGCUGUUGCUGUUGCUGUUAAGAUAAUUUAACAGUUUUGAGCAGACGAUUAGCUCCCAUGAGUUUAAUGCCGGUAACUAACAAGAAAAAAAUGAUGCCUAAAUAAGCCAGUUGAUAGCUUUGUGUUAACUUUAUUGCAUGGUUACUUCUUAUUUAUAUCCAGCCUACGAGAUGCAGAUAUACUUUAAAGUUCGCUGUAUCCGGAUGCGAGCAAAAAGAAAGUUAUUUUGCCCCGAGCUUGUCAUAUCCUGUUGCCAUACAUUUUCUAAAUGGUGGGAGUAAGCUAUGCCAGAAAUACUAGACGUAUGUGCACAUAGAAGACAUCUCAUAUUUGAUCAAUGAGAAAUAAUCAACAAUUUCUCCUGAUAUUAUAACAAGGGCAGUAGGCCUUUCCGAUGUGUGCGUUGCUUUUAACAACCACCAUCCAAAAGGUCCUUUUCGACUAGACAAAUAUAGACGAGCAAGUUCGGCAACAUUUUAUAAAUCCGUCCUGUGUUCACAUAUGACCGGCAAAGAAGGACAUAGAACAAGUUUGAGAAUGAACCCAGUCAGGGGCUUCAAAGGCCGAGACUUAUUGAGAUGAAACGUAGCAAGGGAUCUUGAAACAUUACUAAACCAUGCAGGCUAUGGUUGUCACAAGGGUAGCUUCCUCACAAAGCGAUUUGCGGGUAGCUGGAACACACUGAAAGAGUUUGAUGCGCAUGUACAGCUGUAUGAUUUUUUUGUUUUUCACCAUAGGCUGAUGCCGAUAAUGGGAGCUUUUUGGUGCGUGGUUUAAUCACAGAUGCUCAGCAGCCCACCCUCUCCACAUCCCCUAGAAUUAUGAAGUGUACACGUGAGAACGUAUGUGUGUAAUAUUACGCUGAAGAGUCAGUGGGGUGGGAGCAAAAUUGCAUGAUGACUGUACCCACAUCAGGAAAAAGCAAGUUACAGAGUUUCCAGGAGGAAUUUUAUACACAUCGUAGUUAUUAGCACAGUUUGUUCUGUCGUCUGCUUCUCGUGUUUGUUGCCUUGUUGACUAGACAUUACUCUAGUAACAGAUUUUUUUUUUUUUUUUUGGGGGGGGAGAUUAUUUCGCUGAUUUUCGUCUGAAGAAAGGUAUUUAGGGAAAUAUUGUGUUCAAAACAGUAAAUUCGGUCAUUUCUUGCUUUGAAGGUUGUUGUUCUAUGAACACAGACCCACACACGUACUUACUCUUAGACUCACAUAUCCAUUUCUUGGCGUGAAUACGGGAGCGUAUCACACAAACACAUGCACAUAUGCGAAUGAAAACACACACACACACACACACAAUCACAAAUUAUUUUCCGUACUCGAGUCUCGCUUAUGUAGUUUAAUUUUUGUUUUCCAUGCUGUGGCAAUAUGGCGCCUUGCACUGUAAGAGCCGUGAGCUGCAAUCACUGACAGUUUACAACUGAUCUGACCACACACCUGUCUAACCACGUUUUCCAGUUUCCGAGGAAACUCUACUCGUGAGUUCGACAUUAACUUUUGUCAUCGUUGCCUCUUAUGUUUAUUUUUAUGCGAAUUAAACAGACUUUGUGAGAAGCUAUUUUACAUAUUUUCUAAGCACACGCGUUAAGCCUGAAUAGGUGCCUGCCUGUAUGUUAGUGUGUCCGCGCACGUAUACUUUAUAUUCUGUUUGGAAAUGUCACUAGUGUGCAACCCCAGAACUUGACCUUAACUCGCAUUGAAUUCUACUUUCAUAUCUACAUAGUAAUAUAAUUUUUAAAAACUCAUUGGAAAUGUUCUCGUGUACUUCUUUAAUAACUUCCAAAGAAAAAGUAAAUAUUAUUAAAGUAUAUUCUAGUAACACAUAAAUGUAUAAAACAAUAAAGUCACACUGUAUGAGUUUAUUGUACAGGAUAUCAGACUGUGCGCGCAUGCGUAAGAAAAGGAAUUUUGUUUUUCUAGGAAUCAGUUAUGGAGUUGAAUGAAAUAUUUUUGAAUUUUUGAAAAUAGAUGAAUAUUAGUGUAACCAUUAAAGAUUUGUUGUCUUUC